CCCGGUGUCGGGGUCGCCUCCUGGGACCUCAGCAAUUUCCGCUUCUGCGCGUCCCGCGUUAAGUCUAGUCCGCCGCGUGGGCGAGUGUCUAGAGCCCAGGACCCCGAGCGCAGGACGCCGAGCCGGGCGAUCGCACACUUCACUCCCCGGGAUCCACGGAAGCUGGGGAGCGCCUGCGGGACUCCAUUUCCCAGCGCGCCGCGCGGGGAUGCCUAGACGUUGCCGCGGAUAUCAAGCAGGGCUCCGCCCACGCGGGACGGGAACUGCGCUUCCCAGAAGCCGCCGCGCGUGCGUCCGCAGCGUGCACUGGGCCUAUGAGGACUUUCGGGGGCUGGACUUCCGGCGUCCCGGACUGUCACUUUGCUACCGGGCGUUGGGCCACACCGGUAUUGGUGAACUGGAGCGCCGCGAGCCCCCAGGCCGGUUUCUUAGAAGGUUUGGAGACCCGAGGCGAGGGCUGGGAGGAAGACCCGAGCGGUGGACCGUCUCGCGCACGCCCUGAUUGCUGGCGACGGUCGCGCCCCGAGCCUAGGCUUCUCCGUGAAGAGCCUGGGCCGCUCCGCGGGGCUGUGGGGCGGCGCCCCGAGUCACGUGCUGUCCGACCCCGGGACGGCGGGGGAGGCGGCGCCCUGAGCGACCCUGCCUUACACGGCCCGGGAGGCUGAGACCAGGAGACGGCGAGUCCGUGUUGUCCGUCUCUUUCUGCGAGUCCCCAAGUACAGGUUCUGAUGGCGACCGCGGCGCUGACAGACCGGGCCCAGGCCCCGGCGUUCAGGCCAGUGGAGCGUGCACGUGUGAGAUCCCCACUUCUGGCAGCCAAGGGAGUGAGGUGUAGAAGGAAGUUCCAAGCAGAGGGUCCCGCACGUGCAAAAGCUGGGAGGGGAGACUGAGCCUAGGUGGUUCCGGAGCUGAGCUUCCGGACGUGAGCACGGGAGAGAAAUGGCAGGCUUGACUUGCAUCGGGGGCCAUGGGAUGAUUCUAACAGAGCCUGGAUAUGCUUUAAGUUAGAGACUUUAAAGUAACCCACCGUUUGCUUGGCGGAGAAAUGACGCAGAGCGGGUGGCUGUGUGCAGGGAGCAGGCAGCACCACAGUCCAGGUGGCCGAAGACGGCACCCGCUGCACACGGGGCCAGUGGAGAUGGGAAAGUGGCUGGAUUCUGGAACGAUCUGAUGUCUCAGGGCCUGAUGGCCUUUGAGGAUGUGGCCGUGUACUUCUCCCAGGAGGAGUGGGAGCUCCUGGACGCAGCCCAGAGGGCCUUGUACUGCCAUGUGAUGUUAGAGAACUUCGCGCUUGUGUCCUCGCUGGGACUCUCUGCCUCACGACCCUGGGUGGUCCUGCAGCUUGAGCGUGGCGAAGAGCCCUGGGUUCUCAGUGGGACAGUUGUGACACCAGCCAGGAAUGCUCAGAGAAAGCCCAGCCCUGGUCCCUGUCAUCUGGCAUAUGACAAGGUUGUUCCUGAAGCAGCUUUGCCAGUGACCUUCCAGAAUGGCUCCCUUCCAGCACCUACCUUCACAGGCACCUGCGAACGUGGGAAAAGCUCAGUGGGUUGGCAGGGCACCUCCCUCUCUCAGGAGAAAAAGUCCACAGGCGUGUCGGUAAUCUAUUGGGAAAGGCUCCUGCUGGGUCCUGGCAGCGGGGAAGCCAAUGUCAGUCUGCGGUUAACCUCUCCACUGAGGACUCCUGAGGAUAGCCCGCCUAGGGAGAAAGCCCUCAUGAACCGCCCCAUGCCAGACAAGCAGCUGAGGCCAUAUGGGGGCCAGAAGCCAUUUGGGCAGGAUGGCCCUGGAAGAGGCUGCACCAAAAUUCCAGAAUUUGAGGCUAGUCUCACCUCUGGGGAAAGAGAAAAGGGUGGAACUAGCCUCAAGCCUCAUGGACUCCCUGCUAGCCAAGAGCCCCCCACCUGGGAUCAGCUGGGCAAGGCCCUCCACACAGGCCCCAGCUUCCUCUCCGGGGAGAAGCCCUUCGAAUGCAGGGCGUGCACCAAAGUGUUUCUGAAGAGCUCUGACCUGCUCAAGCACCUGCGCACCCACACUGGAGAGCGGCCAUACGAAUGCUCUCAGUGUGGCAAGGCCUUCAGCCAGACAUCACACCUGACGCAGCACCAGCGCAUCCACAGCGGUGAGACACCCUAUGCGUGCCCGGCCUGUGGCAAGGCCUUCAGGCAUAGCUCCUCGCUGGUGCGGCACCAGCGCAUACACACCGCUGAGAAGUCCUUCCACUGCAGCGAGUGCGGCAAGGCCUUCAGCCACGGCUCCAACCUCAGCCAGCACCGCAAGAUCCACGCAGGCGGGCGGCCCUACGCAUGUGCUCAGUGUGGCCGCCGUUUCUGCCGCAACUCGCACCUGAUCCAGCACGAGCGCACGCACACGGGUGAGAAGCCUUACACCUGUGCCCUUUGUGGUGCCGCCUUCAGCCAGGGUUCCUCCCUCUUCAAGCACCAGCGCGUGCACACGGGUGAGAAGCCCUUCGCCUGCACACAGUGUGGCCGCGCCUUCAGCCACAGCUCUAACCUCACGCAGCACCAGCUGCUGCACACUGGGGAGCGGCCCUUCCGCUGCGGGGACUGUGGCAAGGCUUUCGCCAAGGGCGCAGUGUUGCUCAGCCACCGACGCAUCCACACGGGUGAGAAGCCCUUUGUGUGCACACACUGUGGCCGUGCCUUCCGUGAGCGCCCGGCCCUCUUCCACCACCAGAGGAUCCACACGGGAGAGAAGCCCGUGCGGCGACCUCGGCGUGGGGCGGGCCUGUGCCCCCAGGCCAGGCCUUCUUCAGGGGCACCAUCAGAGGGCACGCUGGGCAGAGUAGCUGGGCCCACUCCCACCUCAGGCCCACCGGCAGUUUCGAAGCCUGCUGACGCCUGAGCUCACCGCUCCAGCCUCCCCCAGGCUGUGGGAAAAUGCCCUUGUUCCCUGCACAUUCUGGAGAAGCCCUGUGCGUGCCCUGUGGUGCCGUCUGCACAUGGUGACGAUAUUUGCCAUUUCAGCACCAGCUCACUCCAACUCUAAGAGAUCUGACUACAGAAAGAUCAGGGGGAUGGACGUGGAGGCUGGGACUUUGGUGGGCAGAGACUGGGCAAUGAGAGGGCCGCUUCAUGCCUGUUAUGACUGUGAGCACUCAGGUGAGGAGGGGAAUGCUGGAAUGUUGGGGAGGCAGUCCUAGAAAUUUCUGACGCCCGCGCACAUACUGGCCAACAGGCUGACCCUCAGGAUAUUCUCUCAAGACCUCAGUUCAUCAGAGGCUUCUGGGAGCAGGCCCAGUGGAUAGGAAGUCAGGUUGGGGUCUGGUGUUGGCCUUGGGCCCUGAGCCUCAGUUUCCACCUCUGGGGAAAAGAAAGGAAGAGAGAGGGAGAGAGAUUCAGGCUACAGAGGGUAUUUGCAGCACCGUGACAAGCAGGAUCUCGAUAAGGGCCAACAUGUGCCAACUGCCAGCCCUGUGAGAUGGCUACUAUGGCUGAUAUCCCCACGUCCCAGUUGAGGAAACUGAGGCAGAGAGUGGGAGUGUGCUGCUGCACAGAGCAGAGCCCAGGACUUAAAUCCAGGUCACAGGCCCAGCUCAUCUCUCUGCCCCCAUGCUCUGGCACUCGUGCUCUAGUCUGCCAGUGUGAAGGCUGGACGAUGCCAGGCCUGGCUUCCUGCACAUGGCAGUCCCACAGGACGUGGAGGAAGUAGAGGUGGAGGUCCCUGGGGUGGGAGGAGGGAGACAAACAUCAAUGUGUUCAUUCAGGUUUCACCCAAGCCUCAGCCCUGGCCAUGCCCUGUUGUUACCAAAGUCACCAUUACAGGGGUGUUUAUAUCCCCACUGCCCUGGUGAGAGGUGACCACGAUAACAGGUUGGAGGAGACCAGAUGGGACUACUUGUUUCUGCAGGGUCAGUGGGCAGGUGCCCACCUGUUCUCUUCCCUCAGUUGGAAAGAGGAUUUGCUGUUACCUAAGGCCACGUGUGUGUGAUGCCUUCCCAUCAUGGGACACCUCCACGUGGCUGGGACACGUGGUGGACUAGGGCCCAGGUUUCUCCCUGUGGCCCUUAUCAGAGCAGACCCUGUCUUGACCUCAGGCCUCACCCCUAGGGAUGUUAGUGGUCUCUUUUUUGGGGAACAAAAAAGAAAAGACCAAAAAUUAUAAGUUGGAGUGGAUGUACAUUGUGUAAAUCCCUGCACAGCACUGUGGAAAUCCACAACCUCAGUCUCUCCUCCCAGCCUCCAGGUCAUGGUUCAGACAGCUUUAACAACACAGUCUAGAGAGGCUUCCUGAUAAAAAUUUCUUUGUCAAACA